GAUAGAGAGGCAAAGCUAAAGAGAAGAAUUUGAAUCAUAUUGCUGUACCCUUUAGGGAAAACACAACAACAGUGUAGACUGGAGAUCAUUUCGGCCUCUCUCCCAGCGGUAGUGGAUUAAAAGCAACGAGACCUAGUUCGAGGGAUUAGGGUCAGAAGUGGAAGAUGAUAAGCAGACAGGGGAGGUGUGAAGUUCGGGCCAUGUGGCCCAUGCUAUUGACUGGGCUGCUGUUGACAGUCAUGGCCACGACCUUGGAGUACGAGGGAGUCCCUGGUCAGUGGGCACGGUACGGCCACUGGGAAGCCAAGGCCACAGGCCAGCUGAGCUUCGCUCUGAAGACCAACAUCAGCAAGGCCCUGGUGCUCUACCUGGACGACGGAGGGAACUGUGACUUCCUGGAGCUUCUGAUCGCAGACGGCCGGCUGCAUCUUCGCUUCACCAUCCAUUGUGCAGAGCCGGCCUCCCUGCACACGGAGACUCAUGUCAACGACCAGCGCUGGCACCGCGUGCUGCUCACCCGUAACUACAGAGAGACCAGCCUGGUGGUAGACAACGAGGACAAGGUGGCCGAAGUCAAGUCCAAGAGGAGUGAGAUGGUGGUGGCCAGCGACCUUUACGUAGGCGGCAUUUCUCCAGAUGUUCGCCUAUCUGCCCUCACGUCCAGCACCGUCAAAUACGAGCCACCCUUCCAGGGCCUGAUCACCAACCUAAAGCUGGGGGAGUCCCUCCCCGUGCUCCUGGAUGGCCAGGGUGUUCAGAAUGAUUUGGAAUACCUGUGCAUUAAACAGAACCCCUGCAGCAACAGAGGCCUCUGCUCCAUCCACCAGGGAGAGGUCCUCUGUGACUGCACCGACACUGGAUACAAGGGAAAGUACUGCCAUGAAGGUGAGCCAAAUACAAAAUGAGCUGAAUGAGUUUUUGGAAAGGGCCUGUUUUUCCAUUUGAAUGCCUUAGCAGUAAAACUGAUUUCUUUGUGAAGUUAAAUGAUGGUUUUUGAGGAAUUCCUUCGGGGUUUACUUGUAAUUCUGAGCCAUUAUCUGAACAGAUUUUCAUUUUAAUAAAUUAUUUGUGGGAGAGUUGUGUUUAUCUACAUUUCAGCACAGCUUGAUGCUCUGUUUCUGAAUGCUUAGGGGGUUUGCUGAGAUUGUUGGAUAGGCGGUUGAUUAUGAUGAGGUUUUGUCUGAGUUUAGCUAGGCCCACGUAACUCAUUUGUGGAUGACUGUUUCAUGGCUAAAGGGAAAUAAGCAAAUCUACAAGCCUCCACCCAGACAUUUUGUUCUACUGCUACCAUUCUCAUAUACUGCA